CGACCAAAAUCGUCACAUCGCUCCUGUUCGGCAACGCUUGCUAACCCUCCUCCCCCCUCCCUCCCCUGCUGCUGCUGCCUCCUCCUCCUCCUCGGACUCUCGACCUCGAAAGCUUCCGACUUUCCACCAUCACCUGAUCCGCACCCUCUAUUCUGUCCAACCCUUUUGAUCCUUAUUCUUUUCAUGGCCUCUUUAACCUGCUCGCCCUCUUACCUCUCCGGCGGCUACUCUGUCCGUUUCCCCUGUUGCUCCUCCAACGAGCCCGCCUCUCGCUUGCUGGUCCACAAUGGCAUCAGGUGUAAUGUGGUGGAGCCGCUGAAUAUCCAUAAUGGGAAGCCCUGCAUUCCGCACAUCAACAACGAGCACUCGGUGCCGAGUUUCUUAACUUCGACGCAUCUCCAUAGUCCGAUCAACAAGCAUGAUACCCGACUCCGCAUAUUUUCCGGCACAGCGAAUCCUGCGCUUUCUCAGGAAAUAGCUUGCUAUAUGGGUUUAGAGCUUGGAAAGAUAAAGAUAAAGAGAUUUGCCGAUGGAGAAAUAUAUGUUCAAUUGCAAGAGAGCGUUAGAGGAUGUGAUGUGUAUCUAGUGCAGCCUACAUGCCCUCCUGCAAAUGAGAAUCUGAUGGAGCUUCUGAUAAUGAUUGAUGCUUGUCGGAGGGCGUCAGCAAAGAACAUUACUGCCGUGAUUCCUUACUUUGGAUAUGCAAGGGCUGAUAGAAAGACUCAAGGGCGUGAAUCCAUUGCAGCAAAGCUUGUUGCAAAUUUGAUUACCGAAGCAGGUGCAAAUCGUGUUUUGGCUUGUGAUCUGCAUUCUGGGCAAUCCAUGGGCUAUUUUGAUAUUCCAGUUGAUCAUGUGUAUGGUCAGCCCGUCAUUCUCGAUUAUCUUGCCAGUAAGACCAUCUGCUCAGAUGAUUUGGUUGUGGUCUCGCCUGAUGUUGGUGGAGUAGCUAGAGCUCGUGCCUUUGCAAAAAAAUUAUCCGAUGCACCGCUUGCCAUUGUGGAUAAAAGGCGUCAUGCUCAUAAUGUUUCAGAGGUUAUGAAUUUGAUCGGUGAUGUCAAGGGGAAGGUAGCAGUUAUGGUAGAUGACAUGAUAGAUACAGCAGGGACUAUUGCCAAAGGUGCAGAGCUCUUGCAUCAAGAGGGAGCCAGAGAAGUUUAUGCAUGCAGUACACAUGCCGUUUUCAGUCCUCCUGCAAUUGAGAGGUUGUCCAGCGGUUUAUUUCAAGAAGUGAUCAUAACUAACACCAUCCCAAUGUGUGAACAGAACUAUUUUCCUCAGUUGACAGUAUUGUCUGUGGCAAACCUUUUGGGGGAGACAAUAUGGCGUGUUCAUGAUGACUGUUCCGGUGGCUAUGAACCCUAUUCCAGCUUGGGCAUUGAUUGAUCAUAAUUCAUCAGUGGUUGUGUUGUUUCAAGCUUCAUUACCGCCAUUUAUUACCAUCUUCAAACCGGGUAACGUGGGACAAGGCAAAACUAGGUUUGCUAAGCUGUCUUAGUGCGAAAACAAUUGCUUUUUAAGUUGUAAUAGAGAAACCUAUGAGAUCUUGGGAUCAUUGGUAAGCGUCAAUUUUGGCUAGCUGAACAGAUCACAUGGAUUUUUGCGGAAAGCUCAAAUGCUCUUAUCGAGCACCUAUAGGUGGCAUGUACCGACCUGAAUAUGUUGUCGGAUGAUAGAGAUGUAAAUAUUCUAUUCUUGAGUGUACGUUGAAUGGGUCUGUAAA